CUAAUGGAGAACAGGACAGAAAUGACAUGGUUCAUUCUGCUGGGACUCACUGAUGACCAAGCCCUGGCACUUCCCCUCUUUAUCAUCUUCCUCCUUAUCUACACUGUCACCCUGAUGGGAAACCUGGGGAUGAUCCUGCUGAUUGUCUUGGACUCUCGGCUCCACACUCCCAUGUAUAUUUUCCUUGGUAAUCUAUCACUGGUAGACUUCUGUUACUCUUCAGGUGUCACUCCAAAAGUCAUGGCUUGGUUUCUCGUAGGAGACAAAGCCAUGUCAUACAAUGAGUGCGCUACACAGAUGUUUUUUGUUACAGGCUUUGCUACUGUGGAAAAUUACCUGUUGGCCUCAAUGGCCUAUGAUCGCUAUGCAGCAGUGUGUAAGCCCCUACACUAUGCCACAACCAUGACUACAGCUAUGUGUGCAUGGAUGAUUGCAGGCUGCUAUGCCUGUGGCUUCCUGAAUGCCUGUAUCUACACUGGGGACACAUUCAGUCUUUCCUUCUGUGAAUCUGAUGUGGUCCAUCAUUUUUUCUGUGAUAUUCCAGCAGUCAUGGUACUUUCUUGCUCUGAUAAACAUGUGAAUGAAUUGAUUCUUGUUUGUGUAGCCAGUUUCAAUAUCUUUUUUGCUCUCAUAGUCAUCUUAAUAUCCUAUCUAAUGAUUUUUAUCACAGUCCUAAAGAUGCACUCAACUGCAGGACAUCAGAAGGCCAUUUCCACCUGUGCGUCCCAUUUUACUGCUGUUUUCAUUUUCUAUGGGACUGUAAUUUUUAUGUACAUGCAGCCUAGCUCAAGUCAUGCCAUGGACACUGACAAAACUGUGUCUGUGUUCUAUACCAUGGUCAUCCCCAUGUUGAACCCUCUGGUCUACAGCCUGAGGAACAAGGAAGUCAAGAGUGCAUUCAGAAAGAUUGUUUUUGGGACAAAAUGA